AAAAGAAAAGGAAAAAAAAAAAAAAAAACUACAAGGAAAGCAAAAAUUGAAAUCCUUGAGCUUUUAAUUUUCAAAACCCUUCCUUUCAGGAUUUCACAAAUUUUAUACACUCAUCCAGCUUAAAUGUGUAGGCGUUUCGAAGAAAUAACCUAGGGUUAGGGUUUUGAAGAAAUGGAAAACGGUAAUCAGAUGCCCACGGUGGAUGAUGAGGAGUCCUUAUCGGACGUGAAUAAACCUUGUAAACCAGAGAUGGAAGAGGAAAAAUUGGAAAUUGAAGGGUUACAGAGCACAGAGGAAUGCGAGUCGAUUCCAGAAUUUGGUGAAUCGAGCACAAGCGUCGGUGGAGAAAGAGAUGGAACGGUGUCGUUAGAGGAUAGGCCGGUUGCAACUGGCGGAGAAGAGUGUGUUUUGGAGAAUCAUAUGGCGGCUGGGGAGUCAGAAUUUAUCGAGGAUACUGCUGCUGAGAUGAUGGACCCGUCUCUAGUUGUGGCGGAAAAGGUGGUGGCAGAGGACGAUGGGAAUGAAGUGAUUGGGUCGCAAAGUGAGGAACCCCCACUCGAAAUGAAAGCUGAGGAAGAAGCCAAGCGAGUUGAUGAUGCCAAGGGCGAGGCGGCUGUUACUGAUACAGGGGAUGCGCCAAUACUUACUCAGUCACAAGUGGACACCAGAGGGGAUAAAUUAUUGGAUGACACGCAACUUGGAGAUGAGGAAAAAAUUGCACCAGUUGUUGACUCCAAGUUGGAGAUGGUUGUUACUGAUGUAGCUAAUCCACAAACUUUUCCUGAAUUGCAAAUGGAGGCUAGUGGGGAUCAGAUGUCCGUGGACCCAGCGCUUGAAAUGCAAGCCGAGGAAGAAUAUACACCAGUGGCUGGUGCCAAGGUGGAGGUUGUUGUUUCUGAUGUAGGCAAUGGUAAUGUACAAAAGUUUUCUGAGUUUCAAAUGUAUGCAAGAGAGGAUGAAUUGCAGACAGAGAAGGGGGUCAUGGAGGCAGUGGACAAUAUAUCUGAGAGGGAUAUGGAUUCUGGAGAGAAGGCUAAACACGUCGGAGGAGCUGCUGAUAAUGAGUUAGCAGACAGUUGGGCAGUAGGAAGUAAUGCAGAGUCGGUAGUGGAGGUUGAUGGAGUCAAUGAGGAGAAAGUUGAUUUUGUGGAAAAUGAUCAAGAACUAGCUGCUGGAAAACCAUCUGACAUUGAAGACGACAAACUUGAUCCCUUGGUGACUGAGGAGACGCCAAUCAAUGAAGUUAAUACUGAUUCAGAGACAAAACCUGAAGUGAAUGCAUGUGUUGUUCAUGAACAAGAGCAGGUUCAUGAAUUAACUGGCGUUGUGGAAUAUGUUCGUAGUGAUGUGAGAUAUGAGCAUACUAAGGAUAAAGAGGUGGCUCCUGAGGCGAGUUUUAUGUCUGAGAUGAAGACGGUUGAAGAUGAGAGCAUGAGUAUGGAGGUGUUAAAGGAUUCCAACUUAGACGAAUCAGUGAAUGUGGCAGAAAACUGGGAGGAUGCGGUAGUUAAGGAGGAGCUUCCUGCAGGGGAUAUCAAAAUAGAAGCAGAGGCAGGAGCGGAAUCAGGGCUGACAAGGAAUGUUCUGGUGGAGGAGGUUCAGUCAGCAGAAGCCGAAGCCGAAGUGGAAACUGAAGAGGGAACCGAGGUGGUGGCUGAUAAGAUCCACGAGGAGGAUGGCAAAAUGGAGACAGGGGAAACAUCGAGUGAUGUGGAUGAGCCUGUUCAGGACAUUUAUGAAUCACCAGCUGCUGUCCAAGAUGAGGAAGAUGAAACAAUGGUAGCCGAGGAGGAGACAGGGACACAGGAGACUGAAACGGAUAUUGCUGAAUCAGCGAAAACAUCUGGAGGGAAGAGGAAGAGAGGGAAAUUCACAAAAAGUCCAUCAAUUUCUAAAGGCACAGCAAAAGCUUCAUCAAGGAAGACAGUUGGAGAGGAUGUUUGUUUCAUUUGUUUUGAUGGUGGGGAACUUGUGCUAUGUGACCGUAGAGGUUGCCCCAAGGCCUAUCAUCCUUCAUGUGUUAAUCGAGACGAGGCAUUUUUCAGAUCUAAGGGUCGCUGGAAUUGUGGUUGGCAUCUAUGUAGCAUUUGCGAGAAGAAUGCCCGGUAUAUGUGUUAUACAUGUACGUUCUCCUUGUGCAAGAGUUGCAUUAAAGAUGCGGUUAUCUUAUCUGUUCGAGGAAAUAAAGGUUUUUGCGAGACCUGCAUGAGAACUGUUAUGCUAAUCGAGAACAACGAACAGGGAAACAAAGAUGGUGAAAUAGAUUUUGAUGACAGAAAUAGCUGGGAGUAUCUUUUCAAGGAUUAUUAUUUAGAAUUAAAAGCUAAGCUAUCACUUACACCAGUUGAAAUUAGAGAGGCUAAAAAUCCGUGGAAGGGUGCGGACAUGUCUGGUCCCAGCAAACAAGAAUCAUCUGAAGCACAUGCUGAUGCUAAUGAUGGAGGAUCUGGUUCAGACGAUUCUACUGAGAACAUAGAACCUAUCAGGCCUAAAAGAAGAAAGGUAAGGAAACAAUCAAAAUCCAGCACCAAAGAAGAGGAGUUGGUAAGUACCGGUGCGUCAGCUGGGGACAGAGCUAUCUCCUUAUCGGACAACUCCGAGUGGGCAUCAAAAGAGCUACUUGAAUUUGUUUCACACAUGAAAGAUGGUGACACAGCCCCUCUCUCUCAGUUUGAUGUCCAAGCUCUUUUGCUUGAGUAUAUCAAAAGAAACAAACUACGUGAUCCUCGUCGGAAGAGUCAAAUUAUAUGUGAUGCAAGACUUGAAACUUUAUUUGGGAAACCUCGAGUUGGACAUUUUGAAAUGUUAAAACUUCUUGAAUCUCAUUUUCUCACAAGGGAUGAACAAAACGAUGAUGUUCAAGGGAGUGUUGUUGACACAGAAAAUAAUCAAUUAGAUAUUGAUGGCAAUGCUGAUGCCCUGACAAAGGGUGGCAAAGAUAGGAAACGGAAAUCACGAAGAAAAAAUGAUCGGGGGCCCCAGUCUAAUCUUGAUGAUUAUGCUGCUAUUGACAUGCACAAUAUUGGUUUAAUUUACUUGCGAAGAAAGUUGAUGGAGGACCUACUUGAAGAUGCUGAAAUGUUUCAUGAUAAAGUUGUUGGAACAUUUGUACGAAUAAGGAUUUCGGGUUGUAACCAAAAGCAAGAUUUGUACAGAUUAGUGCAAGUUGUAGGCACAAGCAAAGCAGCAGAGCCGUACAAAAUAGGCAAAAAGACCACUGACACUAUGGUGGAGAUACUAAAUCUGGACAAGACUGAGAUCAUAUCAAUUGAUACAAUCUCAAAUCAAGAGUUCACAGAGGAGGAAUGCAAGCGUCUUCGCCAGAGUAUCAAGUGUGGACUUAUCAGUCGAUUGACUGUGGGUGAGAUUCUUGACAAGACCAUGGAAUUGCAGGCAGUGAGAGUCAAUGAUUGGCUGGAAUCAGAGAUUUUACGGCUUAGUCAUCUUCGUGAUCGGGCAAGUGAUUUAGGACGUCGGAAGGAGCUUAGAGAAUGUGUCGAGAAAUUACAGAUUCUAAAUUCCAGAGAUACAUGCAGAUCCAAAGAUGGAUCCAAGUUAUGGCUCUGAUGAUAAUGACAGUGAAACUGAAGAAAGUAGACAAGAUGCUUUCAUGAGAUCUAGAGCUUCUGGUUUCAACAGGAGAAGGGUCCCGAUCUCACCUGGAAGUGAUAAUGCUGUAAAGGAUUCUUGGAGUAGUGCAGGAAAAGUUUCAACUAAAAAUUGGGAAACGAGUAGAAAUCCAUCUGGCAAUAACUUUUCUAUCAAUGCUAGUCACAUUGGUGAGAUAGUAAAUGAAAAUUCCUGGAAUUUAGAAAGAGACAAAGAGACGCAAGAAUCCAACAACAAUUUAGAGAAGCUGAAUUCUGCUACUAAUUCUGAGUCAGCUGAAUGGGCACUACGCCCUGCAUCUCGAUCUGAAUCAUUUGCUGGUGUUGCAUCUGUAACCUCACAAGCAUCUUUCUCAGCUAGAGUAGUGGAAGCUGCUGUAAAGAUAAAUGAAUCAGAAAAAAUGUGGCAUUAUCAGGAUCCUUCUGGAAAAGUACAAGGACCCUUUUCUAUGGUGCAGUUGCGUAAGUGGAACAACACCGGUUACUUCCCUGCUGAUCUAAAAAUCUGGAGAACCAGAGAGAAGCAAGAGAACUCCGUACUUCUGGCUGAUGCAUUGGCAGGGAAAUUUCCAAAAGAGUUGCCAGCUGUUGACAAUUCGUUGCCUGCUGCAAAUACCUUGGCUAGUUCACACACCUUGGCUGGUCAUUCUAGUAAGACUUCUGAAAUAUCUUUACACCAAGAUAAAGAGACAUCAAGCACUGAUCAAAAUUCUGGGUCCCUCUCGAAGUUGUCUAGUGAAAAGUGGCUCGGGAAUGAUAUGACAAACCUACCUUCUCCUACCCCAAAGCAAAAUAAUGCGGGUUGGACAGGAGGAGAAACGGGUCAUCUGACUGGACCAGUUGUUGGUAUUAAUGGAGUGCUUCCUUCCCCUACUGCAAUUGUACCUAAUAUCGGGACUUCUCCUGCCCCUGCAUCAGUUUUGAAUUCUAUUGUCCCGACUGCUCCUUUUAGUCCAACACCCAACUCUCAACAGGGAAUCCUGGUGGGUUCUGCCGUUCCAUUACAUACUCAGUCAACCAUGACGAGUGAACCACACACGGUACAGAUACAUGGCCAUCCCCCAGCCUCUGUCCAGCCUGUUCAGACUGCUAUUACUCAGAAUCUUCAAGCUGAUCCGCAGAGCUGGAGUAGCCCUUCACAGCCCGCUCAGCCACAAAAUUAUGGUUGGGGUACAUCAAAUGUUCAGAAUUCUUCCGGAAGUUACUCAAACUCGGGUAUGACACCUGCACCUCAACCUGAUGUUUGGCGACCUACUCAGAGCAAUCAACCAAACAUGCACCCCCCGGCUACACCAAAUGUACCUUGGGGCAUGGGGCCAGCAGAGAACAAUGCUUCUAUGGGAGCGAGACCUGAAAAUCCUAACAUAGGCUGGGGCACAAUGCAGGCUAAUCCAAACAUGGGGUGGGGGAAUCCAGCGCCAGGAAAUACUAACAUGAACUGGGGACCUGCUAUGCAAGCACCACCACCUGGAAAUACGACUCCUGGUUGGGUUGCUCCAGCUGGAAAUACUGGAGCCAACGUCCAAGGAAUGUUGCCCGGGAACGUAAAUACCAGUUGGGCAGCAACUCAAGGUUGGGUUGCUCCACCUGCACAAGGUCCGGUUCCGGGGACCAGUUGGGGGCCACCAACUGGGAAUGCAGGUCCAGCUCCUCCUGCUAUUCCAGGGCCAGCACAAGGAAAUACGAAUCAAGGCUGGGUUGCUGCACCACCUGCAAACCAGGGUUCCUGGGGUGGCGAACAAAACCAUGUUAGUGGACAGUUUUCAGGCCAAAGGGGUCCCCAGGGUCGAGAUUCUGGUUUCAGUGGUGGCAGGCCUUGGAACAGGCAGUCAUCUUUUAGUGGGGGCGGUGGGGGUGGAACUGGAGGCUCCAGACACAUUAGUAAGCGGGACAUGGUCUGUCCAUACAAUGCAAAUGGUCGAUGUAAAAAGGGAGCACGCUGUGAUUAUCUGCAUACUUAGCUUGAAAAAUUCAUAGCUUUUGAUCCUUAGCUAUACAGGCCUGUCUACUCAUUUGAUCUAAUCGUAUUGACUUUUCACCUGGGUAUUUAAGAACUGUAAACUCUUUGUGCAGUUUAGGUGGCUGCUUUUAGCUCUGCAAUUUUGCCCUAGUUACAUAGCAGCAGAUUUUCUGUUCUUCUGUCAUGCCGUCAGUUAAUAUUUUUUUCUGCUUGCAUGAAACACAAACUUCUGGGAUCCCAAACAUGCUGCAAUAACAUAUGUAAUUAUGAGAUUA